AUGUCUAGUAAAGAAUGGACAUUGUUACACAUCGCUAAAUCAUAUGAAGAAGCAAAAGACUUUGCAACAACAAAUUCUAAUAUUUGUGAAUAUGGACGAUCAGAUUUAAAAAGCGAAGCAAAUGCUCAUUUAAAUGCAGCUAAUACAGAAGAUAUCCAUUAUGUUCAUUUGAAAUUAAAAUUAUUGUGGCGGAUAACACCAUGCAAUUAG